AUGUCCACUCUUCAGGGCUUCAACAAAUUUACGAGUGCCGCGGCGCAGAUACUUACGGUAGUACUGGGACUCAGACAAACCGGUUGCUUGCCCUCACCAGGCGCCAACGCCUACGGCAAGCGUGAAAUCAACGACUACUCCAAAACUUUCUCCCCACACCUUACUGAAUCGAUGUUUUCAACCCUUCAAGAGUAUCACCAAGCAAUCAUCUCAGCAGCAUGGAUGAUCAUUCUGUCCCUUAUCCCGCAAGACCUAGUGCGGGUUGGAGCCAUCUUCCUCGGUUUUCUUAUAUGCGUGCAUGCCGUGCGCCCACGAACCCUCAUGAAAACGCUUCAACUUCGGCUCUCAUCCUUGGAGGAAAAAUUGCAGGACGCCGUCGAUAGUGGAAUCAUGCGUCAAUCGGAUGCAAGUUUCACUAAUCAAUUCACGAAGGACAUAGGAAGAAUCCGCUACAUGACCUAUGAGCUCUACGAAAGGACGCUUAUUAAGUCCGGCGGAAUUCUUCAGGAGGUAAAGGCCGUUUGGGAGGGUCUCUCAUUCAAAAUUAAUGAGUGCAUUCGGGAUGUUGACGCCCUAGAAAGGGACCUGGAGAUAAACCGCGCAAAAAUUCUGAAGAACCACUAUCGUUCGUGGAAGUGA